ACCGAGUUGGUGGUCUUCACUUGGGAAGCCGAAUUCAAUCUUAUCUUAAAUGAUUAGACCAUCACGCAACAGCUGAUACCACCGCAAAUGUUCCUCUGACCUUCUUUUUCUUUCCCGGAGAAAAAUCCUCCGGCAACACUCUCUCGCUCUUUCCAUUAAUAUCGAAAUAAUAGAAACAGUGUUUCAUAAAUACAUACAUAAAUUUAGACACACAUACACAUACAUAUAUGCACACACUGGAUAGAGUCCAGUGUGUGUUCAUUGAAGAAACACAACCACUAAAUCGCAAUCAAAGCUCGUGACAGAGAUAGAGUUGGAGAGUUCGAGUCCAGUAAUGAAAUGCUCCAACCCCAUCAUCACCAUCACCAAAUGCAGUAAUGAGGAUUAAGUUCUGUAUACACACUAUUUCAUCCAUGGUCAAUAUGGAAGCUCAAGAAAUUCAGCUCAAGAUAGCUUUCAUUUUCCUGCUCAUCAACUCAGUGUUGACUCAGCAGCAGGUCCGUCUGAGUUCUGACUCGGAAUGGUCGGCGUUGCUUGAGCUCAGGUCGUCUUUAGGGCUUAGGGCAAAAGACUGGCCUAAAAAAACCGAUCCCUGCAUAGAGUGGAACGGCGUCAAGUGUCAAAACGGCCGAGUCGUCGGAUUAACUAUAUCCGGCUUGAGUCGGACUCGUCGCGGCCGUCUCAAUCCACGAUUUGCCGUCGAUUCGUUGCCUAAAUUUACACUAUUAGAGUCGUUUAAUUCUUCUGGGUUUUCGCUACCUGGGUCGAUACCGGACUGGUUCGGCCAAAGCCUUGGUGCACUCCGAGUGCUCGAUCUUAGGUCUUGUUCAAUUACGGGUCUGAUUCCUUCUACGUUGGGUAUGUUAUCAUCUCUGUCAGUUCUUAAUCUUUCUCAAAAUCUGUUGUCUGGAUCGAUUCCGUCGUCCUUUUCGACUCUUCGCAAUCUUACAAUUCUCGACCUCUCUUCGAAUUAUCUUUCUGGGCCGAUCCCUACUGGUUUUGGUUCAAUUUCUGGUCUUCAGUUUUUGAAUCUUUCCUACAAUAGCCUCACUGCUUCCAUCCCUGUCCAGCUCGGUAAACUUUCUCGACUGGUUGAACUUGAUAUCGGAUUCAAUUCUUUGUCUGGGUCAUUACCGGAGGAAUUAGGAGGGUUGAGAAGUUUGCAGAAAAUGUUAGUUGGGAAUAAUGGUUUGGAGGGUCCAUUGCCUGCUAACUUGUUUUCGAAUCUCACUCAGCUGCGGUAUGUAGUUCUGGGUAGGAAUAAUUUCGAUGGUGAUCUUACUAAUGUUUUGUGGUCAAAUCCCCAAUUGGGUUUUCUUGAUGUAUCCAGCAAUAACUUCACUGGUGUUUUGCCCGACCUUGCCACAAUUUUUAAUGCCAGCACUUCCUUCAACUUCUCGAACAAUCUGUUCUAUGGAAAUCUUAGUUUUCGAUAUGGGGAUUUUCAUUUAGUUGAUCUAACUUUAUUUUUUAUAUAUUUUUUGUUUUGCCUACUCAAUAUCUUUUUUAUAACGAUGAAAUUAUUGAAAUUGGUCAUGUUAUUUAUUUUUUUAUUAUAUUUGUAAUUUUAUAUUUAUAUUUACUUGUUUGUUAUUAAAAAAAUAAAUAUAUAAUUAUAUAUAUAUUAUUUUAUAGGUGUAUUUUUAUUGUAUUCGUAUUUUAUUUUUUUAAAAUUUAUUAUAUUAUUAUAUUUGUAUCGUAUUCAUAUUUUGUAUCAAUAUACGUGUUUUAUAGGUUUUAGUAAUCUUUGAAGUGGUUUGCACAGUACCACACCCGCUUUAGAAAAAGAUCCAAAUUCAAAAGCACAAAAAAGAAAGAAAGAAAAAAAAAAAAAAAAAAAAAUUACAUCACUGGUCUUUGCUGUUCUAACAGAACAAUUGUAGGAAGAACUUUUUAAAAAGGUAAUGGAAAGUAAAUAAUAUGUUCUUCUGAAAUGCAUAUUGUUAUACCGAUUUAGAUUACCGAACAUCACUGGCCUUUGAUGUGGUUUGCACAGUACCACACCUGCUUUAGAAAAAGAUCCAAAUUCAAAAGCAAAAAAAGAAAGAAAAAAAAAAAAAAAAAAAUUACAGCACUGGUCUUGGCUGUUCUAACAGAACAAUUGUAGGAAGAAUUUUUUAAAAAGGUAAUGGAAAGUAAAUAAUAUGUUCUUCUGAAAUGCAUAUUGUUAUACUGAUUUAGAUUACCGAACAUGUUUUAAUUUGAAAUGAAUGAAAUUUCACAAAAAAAAUAAAAAAUAAAAUAAAAACUACGUGUUUUUCAUAUGAAAUACAAAAUAAAAAUAGUUGCCAAAUAAAAAUAUUAAUUAUUUUGUAUUUAUUUUAUAUUCAGAUUGAGAAAGGUUUUUGACUUUAGCGUAACUUCCAAACACAACAUUCACUCUAAUAUUUUAACCAAAAAAAAAAAAACAU